CUCAGCGCGCGCACACCUUCAGCACAGAUGAACUUCUGCUGACUGGACUCGCGACGCUCACUCCGUUUCUUCUGAAAGUGCGCAGGUUCUCGAGAAAGUUAUUUUAAGCGGCAUCUUUUGUGUCAGAGCGAAACCCGAAUACGUUUUCUGAGGCGUCGUGAUGAUGAUAAUGAUGGGAGCUCGUGUUUGUGCCGUGUUUGUGCUGGUAAUGUGUGUGUCCGGAGUGUGUGAGGCGGGAUGCGCGGACAGAGCGACACCGAGAUGCUGUCCGGGACGGAAUAACGAGUGUGUGGAGAAGAGUGCGAGGAGAACCGUGUGUUACUGCGACACGUACUGCAGGAGGAGCGGGGACUGCUGUGAUGAUUAUCAAACCGUGUGCCACAUCUCAUCAGCUUUAGACUGUGAAGUCGGACAGUGGGGUCCCUGGUCUCCCUGUUCCUCCGUGUGUGGGACGGGAACUACAGAGCGAAGCCGACAGGUAUCCACACCCCCACGCAACGGAGGCACGCCCUGUCCCGAUCUCAGACAGCGCAGAGGGUGUUUGGCACACACUGAGGCCUGCAGUGCAGCUAAAGAGGUGGCCAAAAUCCUGCCUGACACAUUCAAGCGGAACUUCAAGGACCCUUGGAGACGACCGCACAUGCUCAUGAAGGAGGAGAAGAAGAGUUAUUGUGUGCAGAUGCGUGUGAAGCAGGCGAGCGCUGCGUGUAAAGUCAGACCGUGGAGUGCAGGUUUGGUCCGUGAACGCGCCGUGUGUGUCGAGUGUCAGAGCGACGCCAUGGCGGCCGAUAACCGUUGCCGUGGAGACGGACUGCUGAACAUCAGAACCUUCUGGGCCGCUGCGUCAGCACCCGGUUGCUCCGGGUCGUGGGUUCGAGAGUCUUUCACUGAGGACUGCCGGUGUCCGUCGUACUCCGUGAUUUUUGUCUGAACCGACACGGCCUUUAAAGCUCAUUUCGAGGGACAAGGGAGUCAUUUCAUGCCUUUUGAAGCCAAAUUCUCCAUCAAAAGAACUGCAAUGACGCCACAGCGUAUCUGUGUAUCAGUUCGUAACCAACACACAACCCUGCUUUCCCAAGCUCUUCUAUCUACCUCCAGUUCUCCACAUGCACCUGCACCCGUUUCUGAUGCCUUAUAUCAUAGUCAGGGCUCGACAUUAAGGCUUGUCCGCUUGUUCGGGACAAGUAGAAGAGAAAAUUAUUUGUCCGACCGGACAAGUUAAAUUUCAAAUUAAAUAAAAUGCCAUGUUACUUCACGUUAUGUGCCACUCGUUACGUCUAUUUUUUUACGUCGAUUUGAAACGAACACAUUUUUCGCUUGCCUGUGAAUGUGACUCACAGAAAGACGUGUGCCAGUAUAAUGCGCAUGCACAGAAGUUCUUUCACGCUUGAACGAACAUCAACAACACACACAAUUAAGCCAAAAUGUAAUUUGUCGAGUAUCUUCAUAACAUAAGAGCAGUCUUACGAUGGACAUAAAGAGUUGUGACUCGUGAGAAAGAGACGCGUGUGAGAUCCGCGUCUCUGUCCACAGUGGCUGAUCUUAAAGGGCCAGCUACCAAUAAAGCGUUCAGUCAGUAAAGUUAAUGAAAGAACAAAGGGACUAGAGAAAAUUACUCACUGCUCUUGACUAAAGAACUUGUGUAGCUUUAAUAAGGAGUAGUCUAUAUAAUUUAUAAUUUAU